CACGUUGGGUGCGGUUGUAUCAACAGGCGAAGAUGUCGGACGCUAGUGCGGGGACCGCGACUAUCGAUAAAAGAUGAGAAAUCACCUGGAAGGACGAAACUGCAUCCCCAUCUACUUCCGGGUUCCGGAGCUGUGAUAGGAGAAAGUGAAGGAGCGCUGUGUGUGGCUCGGAGUCUUUCUUCGGGUCUGGAGGGCCCUUCUCCACGCCAUGGCGGAGGUGAUUCAGAAAAAGCUUCAGGGGGAAUUGGAGAAGUACCAACAGCUACAAAAGGACUUGAGUAAGUCUAUGUCUAGUCGACAGAAGCUGGAGGCACAACUGACAGAAAAUAACAUCGUGAAAGAGGAGUUAGCAUUAUUGGAUGGAUCCAAUGUGGUGUUUAAGCUUCUGGGCCCAGUGUUGGUCAAACAGGAACUGGGGGAGGCUAGAGCUACUGUGGGCAAGAGACUGGACUAUAUCACAGCAGAGAUUAAACGAUAUGAAUCUCAGCUCCGAGACCUGGAGAAACAGUCUGAAAAACAGCGUGAGGCUCUGGCACAGUUGCAGCAGGAAUUCCAGCGUGCCCAGGCUACCAAGGCAGGGUCUAUGGGAAAGGCUUGACCUCUCUAGUUGGAGAGAGAAUAAAGUGAGGAAAGACUGUGGGUUACCUGCACUGUGGCAAAUAAAAUGUGAAAAUACCUGA